CAACGGUCUCUCUCUCUCUAACGAGUCUCCGAUACUUCUUCAUCGAUGAACGAAAAUGAACCGCCGUGCGCUUCACCAGCGCGGCCACGUAAUCCGCCGCCGUCAUCGCUACUCAAUGACAUAUCCAAUUUCAAAACGCCGGGGCGUUCUUCUGUUGUGAAUUCUAGAAUCAGUAAAUCUCCGUAUCUGCAUUUCUUCACUGCAUCUAAGCAAACCCCAAAAUCUUCGUCUUCUAACCUCCGUCGUCCUUCCAUGGUUCCUUCAUAUACGUCUCGGUCUAAAAUGGUGGCUUCGUCGAAGCGGCUUAGGGCAUUUGAACUUCAGCAAUCUCAAUCUUCACGCAAGGCUGAGUUGACGAAAGAGAAGAGUCUUAGAUCUCUUGCUAAAUCACUCACUGUUUGGCUCAAUUUCCUUUUUGAAAACCCGGAAACUUGUGGUUGCGCUCCGUUCGAAGAUGGCUUGGGUGUUGGUAGCGUAGGGAACUUAGGUAAGGGGAAGAGAGAUAGUGGCGAGGCUUUAGGAAAUAGUAAUAGUGUGGGAGUGGAUACAAUGUGGCGAAGCCCCAAAAGGCUGAGGAAAUUAGGUUGGUGUGGUGAGAAAGGUUCAGAGAUUGGCUCUUCCUUGACUGGUUCCAAGUAUUCCACGCUGAGGGAAUCUUUAAGAGAUGUUUGUAGUCUAGAUGAUUUGAAACAGAGAAUGCAAUUUCACUUGAGUUUAGGAAGUUGCAAGGAGAUUUUUGAUGUGAUGACUCGUGUUACCAAGAAUAUUGAUGAAGGGAGGAUAAAAAUGAAACCACAAUGCCCUCUUGUAACUGAUUUUGGAAUGAAGGAGAAGGCCAUCAAGGCACUGAUGUGCUAUAACCAAGUUUGGCUUCGUUUAGGUUUGUAUAUCAUCUUUGGCGGUGAUUCCUUUUUUUCUGGCAGUGAAGUUAACUCAGAUCAAGAAAUGGCAUUCUUGAAGAUGGUAAUUAAUAAGCAGUUCUUCUCCCAUGAUGGCCUUGCUAGAGCCUAUGCCUAUAACAAGAUGGUUGAGGGUUUAUAUAGACCAGGGUACUAUGAAGCUCUUGGAACCGUGAUUUUGAAGAGGAUUCUGUUGCUCGUCCUUGUGAUUGAUAGAGCUAAAUCUCAAAGCUGCCUUUCACUGAAGUAUGGCAUUGAUGGAAUAGAUGGUGGCUCACCCCUCAUGUUCUCAGAGAAAUCUAGCAUAAAGUCUAGCCACCAACUUAUAUGUGAAUUCUUGUCCUCUGAUGUAAUGCAUGGAGAAGGGAAUCUCCUAGCACAUCUAGUGAUUAUAGGGUACAAAAUACCUUAUCAGCAGUCUCCUCUAGUUGAAUAUGAAUUUAAAGUGAGAGAACUGUUUGGUGACCUCCAAGAUGGUGUGCGGCUCUGCAGAGCCAUUCAACUACUUCUUCAUGAUCCAUCCAUUCUUACGAAAAUGGUUGUUCCGUGCGACAAUCGAAAGAAGAACUUGGCCAAUUGUAGAAUUGCACUUCAAUAUCUAAAGGAUGCUGGUGUUUCGUUAAAAGACGACGAAGGAAUGAUGAUAACUGAAGAAGAUGUUGCAGAUGGGGACAAAGAGCUGACUAUUUCGCUGCUAUGGAACAUUUUUGUACAUUUGCAGCUGCCUCUUCUGGUCAAUGGGAGACUCUUAACAGAGGAAAUCCACAAAGUUCAGGGGCUGGAACAGGAUAAUCAAAUUACCAUGUCUACUCCUUUAGAGAUGCUCUUGAACUGGAUCAAGUCAAUUACCAAGAAGAAUGACUUCAAGUUAGAAAGCUUUGCAUCAUUGGUUGAUGGAAAGGGGAUAUGGUUUUUGCUUGACUACUAUUUUCGUCAAGAAGUUUGCUGUCCUUGUUUUCGCAAAGAGGAUCCUGCUGGUCAACAAGGCCCUCAAUCAGUAAUGUCCAAUACCGAUUACCAUGAUGCAGUUCAAAAUUUUAUUCUGUCACAAAAGUUGACAGCACUUUUGGGAAGUUUUCCUGAGGUUCUACAGAUUGGUGAUCUAUUGGAACAUAAUGCAGUAGUUAGCAACCAAAGUGUGAUUAUACUGUUGGCUUUCCUAUCAUCAAAGCUGAUCGUCAAGGAGAAUUUGGAGCAACUGAACUUUCAUAAGUUACUGUGCUCGAGCUGUCAAGAUCAGGAAAAGAGAUACUCGCGCAUUAGUUGCAGCAGCUCUGAAGCAGUUAGAAAUGAGGAACCGGACACAGAAAAUGGAGAAGAUUCGACUAAAAGGUUCCAGGCAAUCAAAGCCUGGUGGCAGGAUAUGGCUAGCCAAAACCAAAAUUCAGUUGGAAAAGCUAGUAGCUAUACUCUGCAAGACUCCUUGUCUACCAAAUGCACUACAGAUUUCCAACGAGAAACCGCAGCAGUGAUCAUACAAUCAUAUCUUAGGGGACUUCAUGCACGCCGCAACUUUAAAAAGAAGAUGAGAGCAGUAUGCUUCUUACAAGCUGUUGUUCGGACAUGGUUGUCAGUGAAACAUAUAACAGUUCUUGAAAAAAUCACUGUUGAAGAAGUUACUUUACACUUAUCAGAAAGAUUGGUCAACUUAAAACAUGUAGCUAGAUAUGUCAAGUUCAUUGUGGAACGAGGUCGCUUCAUCAAGUUGAAGAAAUCUACUUCCGUCAUUCAAAAAGCUGUACGGAGACAUCAGAGCAAUCUUCAUCAUGAGCUGAAAGCAGCAUUAAAAAUUCAACUAGCUUGGAGGAGUUAUAAAGAAAGAGUUAUCUCUUCUAUAACCAUCCAAUCUUAUGUUCGUGGAUGGAUCACACGCAGACUAAAUGGAACGUACAAGUUUUCUUCCAUACUUAUUCAAAGAUACUGUCGUGGUUGGUUGGCGAGAAGGAAGUUUUAUCUUCAGAGAGAAGCAUCGAUAUGCAUGCAGAGUGCUAUCCGAAAAUUUAACUGCAUGAUGGCUUUUUAUCGUCACAAGCAUGCAGCCACGGAGGUUCAGCGGCUCAUUAGAGGACAAAUUGUUCGAAGCAGGCUUCAAGGAGCUUCUUCUCUCUAUUCAAAACUUGACGAAGGCACUACAAGACUUCCACAACACAGCAUUGGGAUGAAAAAACUGUUACAUUCCGUCAUUAAAGUGCAGCGUUGGUGGAGGUUUCUCCAUUCACAGAAAAUGAGAAGAACAUCAGCAGUCUUAAUACAGAGUCAUAUUCGAGGUUUAUUAGCCAGGCGAAGAACUUCUUUAAAAAGACAUUACAUUGUCAUGAUUCAAUCACACUGGAGAGGUUAUCUCACACGCAAAGCCUCAAAGGCUCAAGUCCUGGAUCUGAGAGUAAGAAUGCAAACUUCUGCAGCUAACAUAGAUGACAAGAAACGACUGAUAAACAAGCUUCUUUCUGCGCUUUCUGAACUACUGAGCAUGAAAAAAGUCCACAAUAUUCUUCACAUUUGUGAAACUUUGGAUUCGGCAACAAAAUACUCUGAUAAAUGUUGUGAAGAGCUUGUGGAAGCUGGAGCUAUAGACAAGCUGCUAACAAUGAUCCGGUCAGCAAGUAGAAGUAUCCCUGAUCAAGAAGUUUCAAAACAUGCACUAUCAACGUUGAGUCACCUUGCUCGUUAUCCACAAAUGGCAGAUGAGCUAAUUGAUACAAAAGGAUCCAUUCAGACAAUUUUUUGGGAACUACUCAGAAACAAAGAAGAAGCAUAUUUCAUUGCAUCAGACGUUCUGAAGAAGAUAUGCAAUAGCCAUAAAGGCGUGGAAGCUGUUCGAAAGCUUCCUGCAUUGGUAAAACGGCUACACGCCUUAGUUGAGGAGCUAACUCGUAAGGCAAACUUCGAGAAACGGAAUGUCAAGGGUCAGACUGAAAAAGAAAAGAGUGAGAGAAGAUUAAAAGAAGCUAUUGAGCUUCUAAAGCUUAUAACCAGAAGAUGAUUUGGGUAGUUUUAUUUCAACUUACUUAUGUUUGUGUUUGAAGUGCAUUGAUCAGUGCACUAAAAAAACUCUUCUCUAUUUAGAAUCUGUAAUUACUUUUAGGCUCUUCUUCAAAACAUUUCUUUUGUCUGUCUAUUGUCCGACAUUCAUGAUUUCAUGUUUAUAUGACUUUCACAUGAAUCGGAUUCCUGAAGACAA